AUAAGAUUGAUUGUUUUAAAGAUGACAAUUUUUAGGGAUAUUUCUGCUAUCUGCUUGAAUCUUUGCUUCGAAGUUGAGUCGUACUGGCGAACUUUAAAUCUCAUAUUUCGUAGCCUACAAAAAGAAGAAAUAAUGUUAGGCAGCAGCAAUUGGAACUUACGCGGCGAUGCGAAUAACUAUGAUUCCACGUAUUACAAGCGAUACACGUGUUCCUACUGCAAGAGAGUCUACAUGCCAAAGAGCCUGCUAAAGAGGCACAUGCAAUACUGUUGCAAAUCGAAUACGCGCAACACGACCUCGUUCUCCUGCACCUUCUGCCCGUAUAAGAGCAUAUACAAGGCGAACAUGGAGAGACACGUGAGAAACGUUCACAACACCGGCGCCCUCAAGUUCCGCUGCGAGCUCUGUAACUUCCGCAGCAAUUACUCCUUCUGCGUUCGCAGACACGUAAAGACCUUCCAUCGCACGGACGAGACUCAGAAAUAAACGAUUUCUUUCUUUACUAGGUUCUUUCUUUACUAGGUUUCAUUCUUUACUAGAUUCUGAUUUUAUCCUUAUCGACGUGUAAUGAUUCUCUUUCUAAUAAUGAUUGAUAAUGCGUUACCAUCAUCAGUACUUCUCUUCAGUUUUCGAAUAAAUGGAUAAAAAAGGAAUGGAAAAUGGUAUCUCGACGAUCAAAUUUCUUCAUAUGUUUAAAACGUAAAAUUAAAAUUAAUGUGACUUGAUAUUACAUGUAUCUGUUUGUAUUAGAAUGCUUUUCUGGGUCGUAUUUAAAAAUAUUGGACCAGUAAACAAAUCACAACCAAAAAGAUAUAUGAAUUAAUAGUGAUAUUGUCUUUUUUUACGCAUCAAAAUUCUGUGUGAUAAGCCAAAAACGUAGAUAAUAAUUAAUGAUAAAUUAAUGAUAAUAAUUAAUCAAUUUGUUUAAAUCAGAUUUAACAAUCUUAGUUUUAUAUUUUAGAAAAUCAUGAACAUCAUGAAUCUGAACAAUUCAUUCAUUAAUUCAUUAAAUCAGUCAAAGUAUAUGAAGACAAAUACAUAGUAGACAGUGUAAAUAGUAAUGUAAUACUUGAGCGUCUAUUUGGAAUAUUUUGCGAUUAAAAACUUGAUCUGUCAUAAAUCACUAACUAAACUAGAAUUUCUAUCAAUUGAGCAUCUCUAUACACGACAGAGAAAUUAUUAUAAUCUUAUGUGAUCAUGUUGAUAUAGUUAAGUUUUAUGAAAACAAACGCCCAAAAUUCAUCAGAUUUAGACAAUAUAAAUAUACUUUUGCAACUCAGAAGGAUAUAAUACAUUCUAAAUUGAUGUAUGAGUGCAAUGAUGAUUGUUAUAAAAAUAAACCUUAAAUUUAAUCUAGAUUUUAUUAAUUUAUAUUUGAAAGAAAAACAUGUAAAAUUGUAUAAGCAAAGAAUGAUGUUUUGCAAGCUUGACUGAAGUUAUUAAAUUAUUUAUCAUAUAUUUCGAAUUUUAGCAUUAUUCAAAUUAUUUUUCUGAUUGAUGUCACGUUACGUUGUUUUUCAACAAAAUUUUAUAUUUCUAAUAUAGAUACAAAUCUAUUUUUAUGAUAAAAUGAGGAAAAUACUGGAGAUUUAUCUUUUUCUGAGAAGUUUAAAACAAUUUUUUCUAUUAAAUAAAACGUAAAACAACAAUUAGAAAGUCAAUAAUUAAGCUUAGAAUUGUUAUGGCAUUGGUAAUUAAAUCUACAUAAAAAUGUGUGUUUGGUUAUUGCUUUUGUUAAAUUAUACAUAAUAAAUACUUAAAAUUUAGAAACGAAUAUAAAUUUUAACAAUAAUUGCGUGUCGAGAUUGUUUAUACUGGUAUGUUUAUUGCGCGUGCAUAAUUGCGAUACAUUGAAUACCAAUUAUAUUAAAUACAAACGAUACCCAUGUGUUAACUAUUUUUUUAUAUUAUAUAUAAAAAUCUAACUUUUCUCUAACUUUUUAGAUAUAUCUAACUUUUUAUUUAUAAUAAAUAAUGUUUUGCUUUAUAGCACAUACAUAUUCAAUGUAUGGAUCUACUUGUACUUCAGCUUUCUAAUUUUAAUAUUGAUUUGAAUAUAUUGCUAGAAGUUUUCUUUUGAGUAUAGAGACUUCUUAUAAUACUGGAUUAGAAGUAGCUUAAAUACAUUAAAAAUUAUAUUUGGUUUAUUUUAUUGAUUAUUAAAUGAUACUUAAUUAUUUGUAAUAUACACAGAAAUGUAAAUGUAACGGAAAAUAGAAAUUUUAUAUAAGAA